AUGCAGGUGCAAAAGUCAUUGAACAUGACGCGUGCGGCUAUCAGGAGAUGGGAGGCCGUCCCUCGAAGAUGGCUGACGCUGAGGCAGUAUCGGCAAAGGAAGCAGCUGUUGAGGAGUUACAACGCCACAGCCGAUGCCUUCGUGGACUUUAUGGAGAAGCUUGAGAUGCCAAUUCCAGUGGAGGACGACCGUUCUUGGGCAGAGUUCCCUACAGCUGAACGGCGCAAGGAUCCUUUCUAUGGCACAGUCCUUGGGCCGUUCUCGUUUUGGUUUGGCACUGGGGUGGUGUCGACGUGGUUCUACGACAUAGAGAAUCGAUACCGGUCUCAGAACGGUGUCCUGUUGGACAGACCGUCGAGCGACAACAUUCUGGACCUAGACAGUGCUAUGGCCAUUUGCAUGGAGUUCAAGCGCAAGGUUGAGAUGAUGACACAUGGAACCGUUGAUGAGACUUCCGAUCGAAGUGAAGACUCGGACCAGGAUGUCGGUGAAGGGAGCCGAGUCUCGAGAGAAGACGAGAAAACCCCACUGCGAGGACGAGGAGAGCGAAGCCAAGCCGAUCCCAACAUCCAAGUCAACCGUUUGCCGUGGAAUCUGGUUAGCUUCGUGACGCGCACCAUCCAGUUGGUCUGGCUUUCUCUGGGCAUCUUAGCCAUUCUUCGCGAGACGAAAACGCGUAUCUUUGACUGGCAAGUGUCGCAUAUCGUCGAAGAACGACGACUCGCUGCUGUGCAGGUCCCUGAUCUCGUCUUCCAGCCGCUCAACAUUUCCUGGCCGUAUGGCCGGUUCUUUAGUCCAGAAGCUGUGUCGUGCCAGCCAAAUGGCGCGGUCUUCGUUGGCUCUACCUUUGCUCAGUACACGCUCUUGGAUUUGGAAGACCCAAUUCAACUCUUGGAAAUGCCAUCCCAGGACGUUCCCGCCAGUUGGCGGCUCGUGUGCGACAAAAGCAGUCUGGAAUGCUUAUGGAUCGAGCAGCGAGAUGAGAUGCUGACCCUGCUUCACGCGAACCGCACCGCCGGUGUCGAGGGCCCCCUCACGGUCGAGCUGGGUGCUACAGUGGGGAGUCGCCACCGGUUCCUGGCUGGGUCGCUGGUUCCCUGCGCGUCGCUGGAGCAAGAUCUGCAUCCAAAGACUUCCAGAUCCUGUCUCCUCCUGGUGCUGGGAGAUCGUAGCAAGGAGAUCCACUUCGCAACCGUCGUGCUGCCGAGGACGCAGGAGGAAGGGAGCUCUCUCAAAAUGAGACCGACGCUUCGCUCACAGUUGACGCUAGAGCUGAAGAACGCAACCUCCAAGCAGGACCCCAGUGCAGCACCUGAGCAGGUGGAUGCUGUGUAUUUGGACGUCGUUCAGGAAGGGCGGUUGUGGAUCUUGGUCUCAAGCGGUCGACUGGAGCUUUGGGACUUCAUUGGCAGCCGUCGCCUCAGCAGCUUUGGACUUCCAAAAGGCUUCCGAGGCUCUGGCCUUUGCACUCGCGAUCGCGAUGGAGUACUGCUCAUCGCUGGUCGCAUGCAGCAGCUUCCCGUCAUGCUGGGGGCGAUCCCGAGGGACGGUGUAGCGCAGCUUUGA